AUGAAUUGCAACUACACAAUCGCCGCUCUUUUCCUUUUCAUCAGCAUCCUAACGCUCCAGCAAUGCUGUGAUGCGAUUCCUGCCGAACAACGUGAAGCACGUCAGGCAAAAUUAUCUAACAAUAGUGGAGUAUCACAAGCGGAAGUGAAGGCGUUUAGCAGUCAGCCGUUGGAAGGAGGACAGUCGGCAAAUCAACUGCAAGCUCUACCCGGCUUUGCUGGCAUUAUCAGUGCCAAUCCCUAUGCUCGUUACGGUGGACUAGCCUACGGAGGCAGCGGAUAUGCCGGUAGUCCAGGCAUGGGAUUGAUGGGCACGCCGAUUGGCGGCCCAUUUAGAGUAGUUAAUAGUGGAGCAACUGGCAUAGGCGUACCGCAGUUUAGCAAUCCAGCUGGCUUCAAUUAUCCGGCUGCAGCCAACUAUGUGGGCAAUAACUUGUCACCUUAUCCACCAAAUGGACCGGAUGUCUUGUCAAAUUAUAUAUUCGGCGGUUUACCACAAACGCAAAGCCAGUUUGGCGCCCCUCUAGCUGGCGCAAAUAACUUGGAUACGCUUAUAAAUAUGGCCAAUUUGCAAGGCCUUACUGGAAGCGGUAAUCCGGUAUUUGGAGCGCAAAUGCAGCCCACGCAGCUGCAGUUACAAGGAUCAGGACAAGCUUCACAGCUACAGCUGCAACCACAGCCACAGUUAGGAGGCGCUUAUCCUUAUCCGCCUGCAUUCUUGGGACAAAUGGCUGGCUAUGGACAGGGGUUUCAGGCUUAUCAAGUGCUAUAG